ACUUUCUUCAGAAUACCAAGGAAAUUUCAUUAACUAAGUAGCAUGCAAGUCAUAUUAUUAAUAACAGACUAAAAAAGUUGGAUGUGUUUGUGAUAAAUUUCAAACUACUAGAAGCACCUGCAUCACCAUUGACAAAUUAUUCAAAGUGAACACAGACGCAGAAAGCAAGUAAUCAAUGGCUAACUAUAGUCUCGUAGCAUCCGCAGCUCUACUUUUAGUCUUACUUCCAAUCACUGCUUUCGGAAAUUCAGAAAAUUGCAGUCAGGUAACUUGUGGGAAAGGAACAUGCAAAUCAAAUCCAGAUAACAUGCCACAUGGUUUUGUAUGUGAAUGUGACUCUGGUUGGAGACGUACCCGUCUAUCAGACAGCGAGGAACAACAUCUGCAAUUUCUUCCAUGCAUUAUCCCAAAUUGUUCUAUAAACUACUCCUGUAUGCCAGCUGCUCCUCCCCUGCCACCCAUCCCAACGAACCCACAUGACAAUUCUAUCUUUAAUCCUUGCAAUUGGGUCUACUGUGGCGAAGGAACAUGCAGAAACUCGUCAGACUACAUGCAUAUGUGUCAAUGUCAACCAGGGGCCUAUAAUCUCUUCAACGCAUCACACUUCCCAUGUUACAGUGACUGUGCCUUUGGAUCUGACUGCUCCAAGCUAGGAAUUAAUGUUUCAAAGGGAUCAGUUACACUGGGUCCUGGUUCAAGUCCAAGUCCAAGUUCCAGUCAGACUUCAAGAGGCGAAAACCAUGGGAUGCGAUCAUGGAAGCUCACCUGGAUAUUUAUCACAAUGAUGUCUCUGGCUGCAACUUUGUGGUAGUGAUGUUUCUCAACGACCACCACAGUUCAGACUGAUUUCCGAUUAUGCUUCUAGUUUAUAUUGUUCAUAGAUUUAUUACAACAUACUUAUUGGCUACUAGCCUAGUACUAUUAGUACUAGUUCUAUGGCCUAUCUAAUAAUCGUAUUAUUAUUGUUAGUGCUAUUACCACCUUUUGUAUGUCACUUUCGUUAUAGAUAAUUUCCUUGUGAUAUUUUCAUUUCAAAA